AUCUCCACUCACUCUCAUCCAAUUAAACUAUCAGACACGAUACACACUCUUAUUUAUAUCUCUACCUUUAAUUUUUCAUUCUCCAUCAUCUCUCUAAAUAAACCUCAAAAACCCUUUCUUUCUCUCUUACUCUAUCACACACUUUUCAUCGAAACACUAACACCCCUUCAAUCAAGUUUCACACUUUCAUCCCCUUAACCUUUCAUUUCUUUAAUCUCAAUCGUUUCCACUUCGUGGGUUUUCACCAAUACCGCAAAAAAAAUACUAUUUUUGUUUUUCGUUUUAAAAAUUGUUGCUACGAUGGAGUUGAUUUCAGGUUUACCAGAAGACAUAGCACGAGAGUGUUUGAUUCGAGUUUCAUACCAACAAUUUCCGGCGGUUGCUUCCGUCAGCAAAGGGUGGAAAACGGAGAUUCAGAUGCCGGAGUUUCGGCGUCUGAGGAAGAACACAGGGCAUGUUCAGAAAAUCCUCGUCACGGUUCAGUCCCGGUUCGAUUCAGAAAAAUACAAAACCGGUUUAUUAGUGAAGGCUAUGACGAACCCGGUUUAUAAGCUAAGUGUAUUAGAAACCGAAACGGGUAUUUGGAGCGAGUUACCACUGGGACCCGAAUUAAGUGACGGGUUACCCUUAUUUUGUCAAAUAGCGGGUGUCGGAUAUGAUCUUGUUGUUAUGGGUGGGUGGGCCCCAGAUUCAUUUAAAGCUUCAAAUUCGGUGUUUAUUUAUAAUUUUUUAUCGGCUAAGUGGCGCCGUGGAGCCGAUAUGCCAGGUGGGCCCCGCACCUUUUUUUCCUGUACGUCUGAUCACGAUCGUAUGGUGUACGUUGCGGGAGGACACGACGAAGAGAAAAACGCGUUAAAGUCAGCUUUUGCUUAUGACGUGGCAAAUGACGUGUGGAUCCCUCUCCCCGACAUGUCGAGGGAGCGGGACGAGUGUAAGGCUGUAUUUCGCCGCGGAAACACCGGCGGCGGUAAGGUGCGCAUCGUUGGUGGAUAUUGCACGGAGAUGCAGGGGAGAUUUGAACGGAGUGCGGAGGAGUUCGAUGUUGACACGUGGAAGUGGGGUCCAGUGGUGGAGGAGUUUUUGGAUGAGUCCACGUGUCCGAGGACUUGUGUGGAUGGUUGUGACGUGGAGGGGAGAAUGUACAUGUGUAAGGGUGGUGACGUGGUUGUGUUGGAAGGUGACACGUGGAAGGAAGUGGCGAAGAUGCCGAAAGAGAUAAAUAACGUUGCGUGCUUGGGAGCGUGGGAAGGGUCAUUGUUGUUGAUUGGGUCGAGUGGGUUUGGGCAACCUAAUAUGGGCUUUGUAUUGGAUCUCAAGAGUGGUGCUUGGGCUAAACUUGUGAGCCCAGAAAAUUACUGUGGUCACGUGCAGUCUGGUUGCCUUUUGGAGAUUUAGGAAUUUAGUUUUGUUGUAAAAUAUGAUUAUAUAAGAUCUAUGUAAGUAUGAAGCAACAUUUUUGUUUUCUUUGGUUAAGCUACUUAAUCCUAAAAUUUUGAGAAUUUUAUCUGGUUUGUGAACGA